AUGUUUGGUCCGUUACAACAAAUGAACAGUAAAGACCUUAUGCUUUUGACUUUAAUGAAGAUUCGAAUGGGCUGUAGCCAUGAAGACUUGGCUUAUCGUUUCGGUCUUUCAAAAGCUACUGUUCCUCGCACCCUAAGUACCUGGAUUCCUUUAUUAGCACUCGAAUUUUUAAUUUUUAUCCAGCCAGUUACUCGGGAGCAAAAUAAAACUUGUAAUCCAGAAUGUUUUAGGCCUUUUGGAGAUAAUGUGGUGUCAAUAUUAGAUUGCACAGAAGGUCAAUGUGAGCGACUAAGUAUUGCUAAAGCACAAGCCCAAACAUAUUCGAGUUACAAAAAUCGAAACACUUGGAAAAAAGCUAUCGGCAUAGCACCUUCCGGAAUGAUAAAUUAUAUUUCUCAAGCAUACGGUGGUUCAUCUUCAGACCGAUAUAUUGUCGAAACAUCAGGCUAUCUAGACACAUUAAAUGAAGGAGAUAUUGUAAUGAUGGAUAAAGGAUUUAAUAUCAGUGAUCUUUUAAUUGUCAGAAAAGUUAAAUUAGAAAUACCACCAUUUCUUAAAAACAAAGGGAAGUUUACAAGUACGUUAACUUCUAAAACUGCCCUGAUAGCCCGAGCAGGAAUUCACGUAGAGCGCGCAAUUGCUCGUGUAAAAUACUUUCGAUUGCUGCAAACACCUUUACCGCUGAGUAUGAUUGAUAUGCUAGACCAUAUCUUUAUUAUUAUUGAAGCUAUAACUAAUUUAGCACCUCCAUUAGUUAAUUGCAGGAGUCAUGACAAUAUUUAA